CCGCCUGGAUGGACGCCGAUUCCCGGAAAAGUGCGCUGCGUAAGCUUGACAACAUGGACAUCUUCACGGGCUUCCCCGAUGCUGUUACCGACGAGAAAAGCCUGAACAAAUACUACGAGAAGUACCAGUGGGACGACAGAGAGUUCUUCAAACACUGGAAAACUGGUGCCUUCGCACGGCAUCAAUCAUUGAUAUACGAGCAGAAGAACGUGUUCUUCGAUGUGAGAGCGCUUUGGGUGUCCUACAGAAUGUGGGCCGGCUGGGCCGCUGUUGGGCCCGCUCUUCUUCAGCCGCCGCUCUUCAUCAAGGACGGACCGGAUUCAUUCAACUACGGCAGCCUUGGCCAGUUGGUGGUGAGCGCAUUGAUGCGUGGCUAUGGUGCCACAGGCAGCAAGAUCGACGAGACAGGUGUGUGGAAGCCCUGGUGGACGGAUUCCACGCGUGAGCGGUAUACGAGGAUACUCGACUGCCUGCGGACGUCUGAAAGUGAGGUCCAGCAUCAAGAAGCGGGUGUUCUCGAAGAUUUGUUGGCUGAGAUCGCAUCGCUGAGCGUGGCUUACAAAGCUCACCUAGGGCUUCCCGCGUUCAAGAGGAGCGUGGUGCUGCCGGGAUUACAGUUCAGCUCAAGCCAGAUUUUCUUCGUGGCCCACUGCGCCAAGAUGUGCGAGCUGAGUAAGGGCCUUGAAAAGGACCGCCUGUCUUCACACGCAAAGUGCAACGUGCCCCUCAGGCACGAAGCAAACUUUGCUCAUGCUUUCAAGUGCUCCGCCGGCUCUCCCAUGAAUCCUGAACAGAGGUGUUCCGUGUGGUGA